AUGAAGGCCUCCGUUUUCACUUUAUCUCUAUUCUCUGUCCUACUUGCCACCUCAGAAGUGACAAGUGCCAAGUCUGUGAAGCUCUGUGGGCGCGAGUAUGUAAGAACGGUUGUCUACAUCUGCGCUAGCUCCAGGUGGAGAAGGCACCUGGAAGGGAUCUCUCAAGUCCAGCAAGCUGAGAGGGAAAACUACUUCCAGCUUCCAAACGAGCCUCAGGUUUCUGAGGAAAGCUUAGAGCAGAACCGCCUGAAGGUGAAACCCGCGGGGGAGGGGAGCCUGCAGCAGGGGCAGCUGCCCACCCGAGGGCUCGGGGGCGCGAAGAAGCACGCGGUGGCGUCCGGACGAGACUUGGAAACUCUGUGCUGCACCAGUGGCUGCUCCCUGGCUGACCUGAGUGCUCUUUGUUAA